AUGGAUGGGGCAAAUCAGACUAUUGUGCUGGAAUUCUUUCUGCUGGGGCUUUCUAAGCAUCCCAAUGUGGAGAUUGUUCUCUUUGUGUUAUGCCUGGGGAUAUAUUUGAUCAUCUUGCUGGGGAACUCCUCUCUCAUCAUAUUGAGUAUUCUGGAUUCCAACCUUCAUACCCCCAUGUAUUUCUUCCUUAGUAACCUCUCCUUCAUGGACAUCUUUGGUACAUCCUCCUUUGUUCCCUUCAUGUUGGUCAAUUUCCUAUCAGUCAGAAAAACCAUAUCUUUCCCAGCAUGUGCAUUACAAAUGUACCUAACUCUUGCCCUGGGAACAACAGAGAGUGUGCUGCUGGCCAUGAUGGCGUAUGACCGGUAUGUGGCCAUCUGCAAUCCCCUGAGAUAUACAAUCAUCAUGAAUAUGAGAGUUUGUGUGCAGUUGGCAGCCCUAAGUUGGAUAGUUGGGAGUGUAAACUCAUUACUGCAAACAAUCCUCGCAUUGAGGCUUUCCUUCUGUGGAAAGAAUGUCAUUGAUCAUUUUUUUUGUGAAGUCCUAGCUGUCGUGAAACUGGCCUGCGUGGAUAUUUCCCUCAAUGCUUUUGUCAUGAUGGUAGCCCUUGUGCUGGUUACAUUGACCCCACUGCUGCUCAUUCUCAUC